GAUUGUGAUUCCGCUCUACGUCUUCGAGUUUAAGGAGGUCCUCUUCCUGACAGUCUUGGAGUGGAUGACGCAGCUUUUUUGGACAGCGGAUCUGAUCACCAGCUCAAUGACAGGUUUCUACGAGAAGGGAUCGUUGAUCCUGGACUUGAAACGGUCCUUCUUCCACUACAUGAAGACUUGGGGGCCCUUUGACCUAGCGUUGGUUACGGUAGGUUGGCUUUUCAUCUUCAUGGAGUUCGGCGACGACGAUCAGGCCUCGGGCGACCUAGUUGCCUGGUCCCGGACGCUUCGAGCGCUUCGCUUCCUUCGCUUUGUCCGUGUCCUGCGCUGGCUGAAACUCCGAGGAGUCGCAGAAGCUUUUCAGGAGAUGUUCCACUCAAAUGUCGCGUUUUUCUACUACAGCCUCAUGAUGGCUGGAAUGCGCCUGCUGAUCUUGAACCAUCUCCUGGCUUGCUGCUGGUAUGGCAUCGCCCUGCUGGAGCAUCCGAACCCCAACUGGGUGGAGAACGCAGGUCUUUGGAACGCGCCAGAUGCCGACAAAUAUCUUACCAGUCUCAACUGGUCCUGGGCGAUGUUGGGUGUAGGUCUGAGUAACAACUUGGCCUCGAAUUCGCUUGAGGUCGCGUUCUCGGUUCUCGUGGCCUUCCGGUCCCUCAUGACCUACGCCACGCUGAUCAGUUCCAUUACCACUUUGUCCGGUGCGCUGAACAAGAUUAAGGAGGACGAGAACUCGGAAUUCCGGCUCCUCCGUUCCUACCUGGCACACAACGACAUUGACCAGGAGCUGAGCCAGAAGAUCACGAGGUUCUUACAACACCAGUACCAUCUCCGGCAGCAGGCCCGAUCGGCGCACAUCAAAGUCCCCCUGCUGGACCUGCUCUCCAACAGCCUCAAGGGCGAGCUGGACUUUGCCAGGCGCAAUGACGCCAUGCUGAAGCUAAGCUACUUGGACAACCUUGUUCCCACGGACGACGUGCAGGUCAUGCAGACCCUGCAAAACUUAGCCAGUGGAGCGAUGGAAGAUGUCGCCGCGGCCAGCGGAGAUUUCAUCUUCCUGGGUGGAAGCAAGGCAACUGCGGCUUAUCUGAAGCUGAACGGAUCCUUGAACUACUUCUACGCUGACAGGAACGAAGAGGAAAAGCACCAGGAGGUGACUGACGAGACUUGGAUCGCCGAGAUAUGCCUCUGGGCUUCCUGGGCGUAUCAGGGGGAUUUGGUUGCAGAGGACGUGUCCCGAUUGACCGU